UUUUUUGUUUAUAAGAGGAAAGAAAUUUAGGGUGGCUGGCAGAAGUUUCCAGUUUGAUUAAACAAAACGACUGACUGACUGGUCGUGUGGUGUUGUGCAGUCUAUCGUCUUCCAAUCUCAACCGCACAUUCAUUUAUUUAUGACAUAUAGCAAGAAAGCAAAACCAAAAGACUCUCUUCUUCUUCUUCUUCUUCUUCUUCUUCUUUUUCCAUUUUUUCAAUUUGUAUUCGAUUCUAUAUAAUAAUACACAAUUUGAUAACUAGAUUUCUUGAUAAAGCUAACUGCAAACUGCAAAGUAAGAAAGCAAAGAAUAAUAAUAAUAUGGGCACUGUGAUUGACUCUCAUUUCUUAGCCCUCACUGCCAUAGUCACCAUUGCAUAUCAGCUUCUGUUUUUCAUCAUCACUGCACUCCUCAAAUUCGAUAAGGUCACUGAUUUUGCUGGAAGUACAAAUUUCGUUAUAAUCGCUAUAUUGACCUUAGUGCUCAAAGCCUCUUAUCACUUUCGACAGGUAAUCCUCACUCUCUUUGUGGUAUUAUGGGGUCUCCGCCUUGCCUUUUUUCUCUUACUCAGGAUUUUACAAUGGGGCGAGGAUAGACGCUUUGAUCAAAUGCGCAAUAAUUUGCCUAAAUUGGCCGUCUUCUGGACAUUUCAGGCUGUCUGGGUUUGGGCCGUCAGUUUACCUGUUACCGUGGUUAAUGCAACCAAUAAAAAUCCUUUUCUACAGGCUGUCGAUUUAAUAGGGUGGCUUAUGUGGGCUGUUGGUUUUAUGAUUGAAGCUGCGGCAGAUCAACAAAAAUUGAGUUUCAAAAAGUCCUCCGAAAAUAGAGGGAAGUGGUGCAAUGCUGGACUUUGGAAAUAUUCUCGCCAUCCUAACUAUUUUGGCGAGAUAUUGCUUUGGUGGGGAAUUUUUGUGGCAUCUACGCCUAUACUCGACAAAGCUGAAUGGCUGGUAAUCAUUGGACCAAUCUUUCUAACACUGCUGCUUCUUUUCAUCAGUGGCAUUCCACUGCUUGAGGAAUCAGCAGAUAAGAAGUUUGGCAACGUGGAUGGAUAUAGGGUAUACAAACAAAGAACCAGCCCUUUAAUCCCAUUGCCACCACCAAUCUAUGGAAAGUUACCUGCAUGGUUCAAAUCAGUUUUUCUCUUUGAAUUUCCACUCUACAAUCGUAAUUUGCCACAAGAAGAACAAAACUGGUGUAGAACAAGCAGUGGGAAAAAUCAGUGAUGCCUCGAAAAUUGGGUAGCACGCCGUUCUCUUGCAUCACACUAAAGUUAGAGUCGCCAUCAUUGUCUGCUGCCGUUAGGGAUGAUCUUUGGGUUUUUUUUCAAGGGCUUGUAAUGUUGCAACUUGCAACUUUUCUUCUCGUUUUUAUCCCUUUAAUUUGGUUGUUCUCUUGUCUUUCAUUUAUACACAAGUACUAUUGUCUGUGCAGGUAGUAAUAGAUCAUUUUUUCUGUUAUCUUAAUUCUUCUACUGCAAUUAUCAUUUUGGACCUGCAUUGGCAGAUAUUUAACACAAAUGUUUCUCACGUGAA